AUGCCACCUCGUCCCUCUCCUGCCCGACGUCAAAAGAUUACCCGACUCUCCAUCAACCUCGGUAAACUCCCUUCCGAGCUCAGUCUUUAUAUAAUCGACAUUAUAACAGCCAAACACGAUACCCAUACGCUCCUGGCACUCAUACGUACAUCUCGACAACUCUACCAUAUCUGCGCGCCUACGUUGUAUGAGGUUUUAGAUAUAGCUGAUGAUAAUUAUCGAGUUCUCUAUGGAUUGGGACCAAACUUCGAUGGUCCACCAUUUCCACGUAAAGCGCCUAGACCCACCAAUGAUAAAGAUCCUUUUUCAAGGAAAUACAAUCUACUUCGUUCGACUCAUUCACUCACUAUCGAGAAUGCUGAACCACUCAAAGCAAUUUUGGACAUUCGAUACGGUUUUUGGGAUUUAGAACCGGAAGCUAUCGAUCCUAUCAUGGAUAUUUUCACUGACCUGGACUGUCUCACUUUUGCGCCCAUGUUAGUUUACGACAUUGAACAUGAUCCUGAAGAAUGGGAAGAGGUGUUUGAGGGAAUUUGCGGUAUAGCUCCGAUGUUUGGUAUCUGUUAUCAUACCGGUCCUUACCCUAGCGAUUGGCGGACGUCGAAAGUCAUCAGACAAGGUUUGGCAGACGUAUGGACAAUGGAUCUUACGAUGCAUGUCUACGAUCUGGACUUUGUAUGCGUGGAUAAGUACGAAAUGGAAAGAAUUCAAAUAUUCUUCUGUCCUUUAAGCAAAAUCGAGGACAAGAAGUUGAAGAAGAACUAUCCUGCGGAUCAGCAGUAUACCAUCAAAGAGUUUAUGGUUCGUCAUUUUGACAGAAGGAGCGAGGACUUCAUCGGCGUCAACUCCAGAUUGAAGAAAAUCGAAUUCCAUAAUGUUAUAUAUUGCGAUGACCUCAAAGAAUCCAGAAAACAACCGAAGAUUACUCAAUGGAUCACAAGGACCAAGGUUGACGGACAGUCUACAGAAGUUCCUUCAUCGACUUCGGAUGCUACAUCACACGACAUUCAAGCUUCUUCGUCUUCAGAUGUAAUGAAAGGUAAACCUUGCUACAUGCCACCCUGGGUGAUCAGCUUGUUCGACGACCAGGAAGUGUUGACUCAGAUAGACCAGAUGGUGGAAUUUUGGCCGGCUCGAGAGAACUGUUGUCGUAUCUGUUGUAGGAAUGGAUAUGGGGGUUUGCAAGACUGGAAACCAGAAGUAAGUCACCGAAUCGUCGUUGAAACCUUCGCUGUGAACACAACUGAUGUGAAGCUGUCCAGGGAGAAUCACAAGUAUGAUGGAAACCGACCAUUUGUUAUUCGUACAAUAUACUUUUCCCUUAAGAUCUUUUGUAUACCACAUUCUCUUAGGUAUAUAUUACCUGUUGUGUAUGCAUCUAGUCCAUGUAAGGAGAGGAAGUAG